AUGGCGUCUGGCAUGAAGUUUCUAUACUAUUCUAAGAAGCCUGCUCACCGUACUUUAUCAAACUCAAUAUCACAUGGAGAUACGCGUCUGGAGGAUUUCAAAAGACGAUUUCGACGAAGUGGAUCAUUGGGCAUUCCUUUUGUUCCAGAAGAAGAUAUCAAAGACCUCUUCACGGAUAAUAACUCGCUAGAUUCAAGUUUGUUUGAAGAAGAAGGUCGACCAAUUCUCACUGUCAUCGUUCGCUGUGAUCGAGCAGUGAAUGGCAUUGCUGAUAUGAUAAACAGCCUACCGGCCGGAACAUCUAUAAGGCAUAUGGAAAGCCGAGAUUGUGAAGAUGGCUCUAUGGUUCAUAUGGAUAUCCUAGUAGAGCUAGAGUUGCAAAAAGGAAUGAACAACCAAGACGCAAUGAAGAUUAUGCAACGCCAAGGCUUGAACGUAUACGAGGUGUCUUUUAAUAUAACACCCGCAGUAACCGAGAAUACGGAGAAAUUCGUAGAGCCCGGCUCGAAUGAUGCAACGACAGGAUCUCCAUGGUUUCCAAAAAAUAUUUAUGACUUGGAUAUUUGUGCAAAAAGAGUUAUUAUGUAUGGAGCUGGAUUAGAUGCUGAUCAUCCCGGAUUCAAAGACAAAGAGUACCGCGAUCGCCGAAUGAUGUUUGCAGACGUUGCUCUUAAUUAUAAACAUGGAGAACAGAUUCCUCGUAUUGAUUAUACGGACAGAGAGAAGAAGACUUGGGGAAUAAUCUAUCGUAAACUACGUGAGCUACAUAUGAAAUAUGCUUGCCAGGAAUUUCUCGACAAUUUCGAACUUCUUGAACGCCAUUGUGGUUAUUCGGAAAGUAAUAUUCCUCAGCUGGAAGACAUUUGCCGAUUCUUACGAGCAAAGACAGGUUUUCGUGUUCGUCCUGUUGCUGGUUAUCUGUCUGCUCGAGAUUUUUUGGCAGGCCUUGCUUACAGGGUAUUCUUCUGUACUCAAUAUGUCAGACAUCACGCAGAUCCGCUCUAUACACCCGAGCCGGAUACUGUUCAUGAGCUGAUGGGACAUAUGGCCUUGUUCGCUGAUCCCGACUUUGCCCAGUUUUCACAAGAAAUAGGACUGGCUAGUCUAGGAGCUAGCGAGGACGAUUUGAAGAAACUUGCAACGCUAUACUUCUUCUCCAUUGAGUUUGGGCUUUCAUUCGAUGGUUAUGAGACUGAAAAUGUAGGAGAUAACCAAAAAAGCCAGAAAACUAAAUAUAAAGUUUAUGGUGCUGGCUUAUUAAGUAGUGCCGGAGAAUUAUAUCAUGCCGUUGAAGGCAAUCCAACAAUUUUACGUUUUGAUCCAGACAGGGUUGUUCAACAAGAAUGUUUAAUUACAACAUUUCAAGAAGCUUAUUACUUCACUCGAAAUUUUGAGGAAGCUCAACAGAAGCUCAGGAUGUUCACAAGCAGUAUGAAACGUCCGUUCAUUGUUCGUUACAAUCCAUACACCGAAAGUGUGGAGGUUCUGAAUAAUAAACGAUCACUUAUGUCAGCAGUGAAUACUCUUCGUUCGGACAUUAAUCUUCUCGCUUCAGCUCUUCAUUAUGUGAUUUGA